UGACGUCAACCCUGCGACUCGUUUUAAACCAGCAGAUAGUCGUCAUAGCCUUUAUCGCGUCGCGACCUAGUUAAACUUUUUAUGUAGGCUACUGAGCCGUUAUAGAAUUUUGAACUGAUUGAACUGGUGAUUUCGGGGACCGCUUAGCAUCCAAGAUGAAGCCGGUGAUAUUAAGGAUACUCGUUGUCAUUGCAGCUCUGACUCUGGGCACCGACUGCAAGCAAGAAGCCACAAGAGAGAAGCGGCAAGUGACAUCGCCUGGAAACAAGACCUACAUAGUCUCCACAAUAGCGCACCCACCCUUCAUGCACAUCUCCAACAACACCAACUUGAAAGGCAAUGACAGAUUCUACGGUUUUGUCCCCGAUGUGCUCAUGGACCUAUUUGAGUUCAUCCAGGCAAGGUACGAGAUACGAAUUGUCCAGGAUGGACGAUGGGGAACUUAUGAUAGCGUAGGACAAUGGAAUGGUAUGAUCGGGGAGGUACUCAACCAUACCGUCGACAUGGCCGCUGCAGCCAUCACCAUCACCCCUGACAGAUUAAGAGUUGUGGACUUUGUGAGGGUUUUUGCCGACACCGGUAUCACCAUUCUCAUCAAGAGGCCCUACGAGCAGUCGGCACACCUGAGUCAGGGCAUGGGCGUUAUGAGCAUCGUUUCUUACCAAGUCUGGCUCUGUCUGUUAGCAGCGUUUAUUGUGGUUAGCGUCAUGAUAUGGCUGAUGGAGAAGUAUAGUCCCUAUGGCUGGUAUAAGUGCUAUCAGCGUCACGAGGUGGGCCAAGAACAGGGCUCCUACUUCACUGUGGCCAAUUCUCUUUGGCAGUCACUUACCACCCUGCUGUGGCAAGGUUUUGAUCAAGCCCCACGCUCUAUUUCCGCCCGGUUUCUACAUGCAACAUGGAUGAUCUUUGCCGUCUUGUUUCUCGUUGCGUAUACUGGUGCAGUCAUCGCACAGUUAUUGAUUUCUGAUCGAACAGACCGCUGGCUGCCCCACCCUGAAAUCAACUCCAUAGAAGACCUCGCUUUUCAGCAGCCUCCGUAUAAAUACGAAUACGGGUGCAUUACUGGCGGCAGCACUCACAGGACUUUGAAGAAGUUACCUGGUCCAGUCUUUAAUAGUAUCAACAAAUACUUUCAUGACCAAGGGGAUAAAGUUAUGGUGAAGUCAGUAGAGGAGGGAAUUGAAAAGGUGCGCUCAAGUAACUACGCCCUCAUCGGCGAAAUGAGCACCUUUAUCGACUACAUCAAUAAGGAGUGUGAUCUUAUGACUGUGGGCGGCCUGAUCCACAAGAAAACUCACGGCUUUGCCCUUCCUCUGCACAGCGAGAUCUCUUCAGUACUGCAGAUAGCGGCGCUCAAGCUAGAGGAAUCGGGAAGACUUCGUGAUAUGGAAGACAAGUGGUUCGCAGACGAAGGAAAGUGCACCGGGGCGAACGCCGAGUUUAAAGAGAAACAGGCAGCUCUCCCUUCAACACCCAAGUUCUAUGUAUACGCUUGGGGCCUUGUAGAGAGCGGAAUGGUGUCACUGGGAGUCUUUUGGGGUCCACUGAUACUCCUUCUAAUCGGGGCCAUCAUUGCCGGAAUACUGUUAGGAGUGGAAAUUAUGUACUUCAAACAUAUAGACAAGAGAAAAUAUGCCGCAAGCCAAAGGGAAGUUCUACCACAGCACGAGGAAGGAGUCAACUGAAGACGUGCAUUGAAGCGGAGUUCCCAGAUAGAUGUUUUUCUCAAGUUUGAUAACAAAUGAAAGGCCGAUAUCGCAAAUAUGCCAUUAAACUGGAUUGCCAGAAUGUGAAAUAAAACUGAAAAAGGAAGGUGUUCUGUUAUCAAUUGUGCAUAGAAUGUGAGAAGAGCGUUGCAGUACGAACCCUACUCAUGCGAGUUUUGACUUUUGCUUUGGCUUUGUUAUUUAGUUGGUUAGGUUUGAAUUUGUAGUUUAAUGUUUUAAAAACUUUUGAUAGCCAUUGCUUAUAUUUUUUUGACUAAUAUGUUUUAUGUCAUACCUUUAUUCUAUAUAUACAUGUAAGUGACAGGAAAACAGCUGACGUCGUGUUGAAAUAUCUCAAAUAAUAUAAAUUUCAUACCAAAAAUGUAUUGUUUAGUCUAUCGCAGCUAUCCUAGAAAUCGAUCGCUUGAAUAAUAAAAAUAAAUUUUU